UUUUGCAGAGGCCAGCCAUCAAUAAGUGGUGCCAGUGAAUUAGUUAGGUUGCCUGCGGUCUUUUAAUUGAUGUUGUCAGCGAUUGAUCAGCGGCGGUGCGCCCUUGUACUGAAGGGAUAGUGUAUACCGAGGUGAGUGGCAGGGAGCAAGAAAACCUUAAGGAACAAGCCGCCGGAGGAACAGUGGUUCCAGCUUGGAAGAGUUGCAGACACAUGCUUGUGUCAUGUCGGGACGCAAUGGGAUUGCUGUACCACUGCAUAUACAAAGGCUGGAAAGAGCCCUAGAUCUUACUGGGUUAAUUGACCAGAUCAGGAAAUCUUCAGAUAACCUUGGAAGUGUGACAGAAUGGGAGCGGCUGCCGGACGGCCUGUCGGCCAGCCUGGCUGAGCUGGCCGAGCCGUCGGAUGUGGAGACAGCCGACAGCGAGCCCGACCUGCCACCGCUGCCAGACUACGGCGGCUCGUGGCAGGACGGGGCCGAGCUGAGCCGCGCGCGCCGCCUGCUGGCCGCCGACCUGCUCGGCUCGUCCGAGGAUGAGUGGCCGGACGAGGCGGCCGAGCUGGAGCGGCCCCUCAGUCAGCUGGACCUGGCGCGCAUGUUACAGCAGCACCGCAUGAAGAACAAGCUCAGCCGACAGUACCAGCUCAACCCGGUGGUGGGUGGUGCCGCGCCCUCCGGUGACGGCCGGGCAGGGUGGUGCCGGAUCGCUGCCUGCCUGGCGGCGUGCGGCUGGUCAUCGGCAGGGUUGGUGUGA